AACACUUCAUAUACAUAUUAAACAAAAAAUCUUGUGUUGUAACCAUCAAGCUUCUUUGUUUUUAUUAAAUACUGAAUAUAGAAAUAGCAAUGGUUGAGCAAUUCGUUGGUAAAUGGAAAAUGACUUCAAGUGACAACUUUGAUGAAUACAUGAAGGCUGUAGGUGCUGGUUUUGCUUCUAGGCAAAUGGCUAACCUAGCAAAACCCAGUCUGUCGAUUGCUGUGGAUGAGCAGGGAUUCAUCUCUAUGAAAGCUGUCACUACCUUCAAGACCCUUGAAAUCAAAUUUAAAUUAGGUGAAGAAUUUGAUGAGACAACAGCAGAUGACAGGAAAGUCAGGACUACUAUGAGCCUUGUAGGUGAUAAGCUUAUUCAAAAGCAAACCUGGGAGGGGAACACUACAAUAAUUGAAAGAGAGAUUCAAGACUCCAAAAUGAUAGCGAAAUGUGUCAUGGAUGAUGUGGUCGCCGUCAGGACUUAUGAGAAAGAUGCGUGAUGAAAGAUGCACAAACUCUGGGCUUUAAGACCAAUUAAAGACCUCAUUCGAUUUUAAUAUGGUUGAAUUUGACUGAUUUGAUGUGAAAUAUGAAUUGCUUUGUUGCAAUAUUUUUUGCUUUAUAAACAUAAUAAAAAAUAAAAUAUAUCUCUUAACUCA